AAACAGCUCAACUUCUCCUCCAUCCGCGUCCCGGAGCGCGCAUGUGGUUAUAACGCGUUCGUAUAGCCUAAAGACGUUUUAGAGUUUAAAUUACAGUGUACUGGAUUGAGUUUGAUAUUGAUUCUGCAUCCGGUCACGUUUUAUAUACGAGUUAUUUUAAAUUUGGCUUUAGCGUUAAUGCUAACUUUGCUAGCUUGACUAGUAAGCUAGCAGCACAGCUCAUCGGUUUGCGUUUGAAUUUCUGAAUACGAUUUAAGACGCUAUUAUGGAUCCUGCUGCAAGGAUCAGAUCAUCCAAGGACCUGGCAAGCCAGAGAACUGAAAAGGUUCUAAGCACUGGGCCGAAGAGGAUUCCUGUGACUCAGAGUUGCCACAAGCCGGCCCCGACUCCGACCCACACGACGGUGCUGGGUGUUACUCAGGGCCCUCAGCGCAUCCAGAGGCCUCGGAGCGAACACAAAGUCCCAUGCUGCGGAGAGCAGAACAUCAACCCUGCUCAGACUCUAUCCAAACCGCAACCGGCACCGAGCCAACCCAAACCUGCUCCCACCACCACCACCACCACCGAGAGUGUGAAACUCACAGAGCCCAGACAGGACAAACCUCACCCAAAACCUGCCGAUGGGAUGACCAGCGCAUCCAGCACUGAGAAGAAGCCGUGGAGUCUGGAGAACUUCGACAUUGGCCGCGCUCUCGGCAAGGGCAAGUUCGGAAGCGUGUACUUGGCCAGAGAGCGACAGACGAAGUUCAUCCUGGCCCUGAAGGUGCUCUUUAAAAAGCAGCUGGAGAAAGCGGGUGUGGAGCACCAGCUGAGGCGAGAGGUGGAGAUCCAAUCUCAUCUCAGGCAUCCCAACAUCCUGCGCCUGUAUGGAUACUUCCACGACUCGGCUCGAGUAUACCUCAUCCUGGAGUUCGCUCCGAAAGGUGAGCUGUACGGAGAACUGCAGCGCUGCAGGAUGUUUGACGACCAGCGCAGUGCCACGUAUAUAAUGGAAUUGGCUGAUGCUCUGUACUACUGCCAUUCAAAGAAAGUGAUCCACAGAGACAUUAAACCCGAGAACCUGCUGUUGGGAGCAAACGGAGAGCUGAAGAUCGCAGAUUUCGGGUGGUCCGUCCACACUCCGUCUUCCCGGAGGUCGACGCUGUGUGGAACGCUCGACUAUCUCCCUCCAGAGAUGAUCGAGGGCAAAACCCACGAUGAGAAGGUAGACCUCUGGAGCCUGGGCGUUCUCUGCUACGAGUUCCUGGUCGGAAAUCCUCCUUUCGAGACGAAGAGCCACGAAGAGACGUACCGCAAAAUCUCCAGGGUCGAGUUCACGUUUCCGUCCCACGUCAGCGAGGGGGCGAGAGAUCUGAUCAGCCGGCUGUUAAAACACAACCCCAUGCACCGGCUUCCCAUCCAAGGAGUCCUGACUCACCCCUGGGUUUUGGAAAACUCCAUCAAGAAGCCGAGCAGCUUCACCCGAGCCGUGAAAGAUUCCGAGUGAAAACUCCGCGUGACUCAAACAAACUACGGAUUCGAGAUUCAGAGGAAAACUGCAGCAAUUCCUGAGCCUGGCUGCUUUUUUUUCCUCUCACGUGCACGUGACAUUUCCUUCCCCUGUCCUCAUUUUCUCUCCUGUAAAUAUUUAUCUGUUCAGAAUUAUGAAAAAUGUACCUGUUAUUACUUGAAAUAAUAAAUUAGUUUUUAAGUGUUAAAUGUUUUGUACAAUUCGGGAGCUUUUUCUUCUCUUUCUCUCUUUUUAUGGACAAUGAUUUAUUUCAGUGUUUUUGGGCACAGUUUUAUUUUUUUUUCCCCACAGACACAACAGGAAGUCGAACUAGUCAUGGAAUUACGAUGAACACGCGAUGAACAGUUUGCAUUCCUGCACAAAUAUUAAAUGUUCAAGUGUCGUUUGUCCUCCAGAAAAGUGCAAUAGGUGACUGUGAUCUGCUUGUGCUCAGGAUGAAGUGCUUUUGCUGGAAGAUUUGUGGGUUUACGUGCCGAGCGUUUUUGUAUCUUAAAACAUUUCACAUCACCACUAUUUAAAGCUACACUGAAACAACCUUUAUAUGCUUGUUUAUUGCCAAAAUAAAUAAUGUUUAAUAUUA